ACAAGUAGGCACUCCACCAGCACAGCACAGCACAGCCAAAGAGGUACACAAAAUGGGCACACCACUUGUCUUGUUUGUCUUCCUCUUCCUCUUCCUCCAGUUGACUUGCCACUCCCACUCCUACAAACGGCCAUGCCAGCCUCCGCACCACCACUCCUACCCCUUCUGCAACACCUCCCUCUCUCUCAAAUCCCGAGCCGACUCUCUGAUCUCCCUCCUCACCCUCCCUGAGAAGAUCCAGCAGCUCUCCAACAACGCCUCCGCCCUCCCCCGCCUCGGAAUUCCCUCAUACCAGUGGUGGUCCGAAUCCCUCCACGGCAUCGCUUCCAACGGCCCCGGCGUCUCCUUCAACGGCUCCAUCUCCUCCGCCACGGUCUUCCCCCAGGUCAUCCUCGCCUCCUCCGCCUUCAACCGCACCCUCUGGGCCGCCCUCGCUGCCGCCAUCGCUGUCGAGGCCAAAGCUAUGCACAAUUCGGGGCAGGCCGGCCUCACCUAUUGGGCCCCGAAUAUCAACAUAUUCAGGGACCCCAGGUGGGGGAGGGGCCAGGAAACUCCCGGGGAGGAUCCCUUGGUCACCUCCUCUUACGCCGUCGAGUAUGUCAGAGCUUUUCAGGGAGGGUACCACCGCCAAGCUUCGGGGUACAACUUGAGGAAGCGAGCAUUAUUGGGCGAUGAUCACGACGAUCAAAUGAUGCUGUCUUUGUCUGCUUGCUGCAAGCAUUUCACGGCUUAUGAUUUGGAGAAAUGGGGCCAAUUUAGUAGAUACAAUUUCAACGCUGUGGUAACGGAACAAGAUAUGGAAGAUACAUACCAAGCACCAUUCAGGAGCUGCAUCCUGCAGGGUAAUGCCAGUUGCUUGAUGUGUUCAUACAAUUCUAUAAAUGGUGUUCCAGCAUGUGCGAAUCGGCAUCUAUUACAAAAAGCUCGAAGUGAUUGGAAUUUUAGAGGAUACAUCACCUCGGACUGUGAUGCUGUGGCUACCAUUUACGAAUAUCAGAACUAUACAAAGACCGCAGAGGAUGCUGUUGCAGCUGCUCUUAAAGCAGGAACCGACAUAAACUGUGGAACUUAUAUGUUGCGCCACAUGAUGUCUGCGUUCGAGCAAGGGAAGGUAUCAGAAGAAAAUAUAGAUAACGCACUGCUUAAUCUCUUUCUUGUUCAGCUUCGGUUAGGGCUGUUUGAUGGAGAGCCUGCAAGAAAUCGUUUUAGGAAAUUGGGGCCGAAAGAUGUCUGCUCUAAAGAGCACAGGAAAUUGGCUCUUGAAGCAACUCGGCAGGGUAUUGUGCUUCUGAAGAACGAGCAGAAAUUGCUUCCCUUAAAUAAACAUGGUGUCUCUUCAUUGGCUCUGAUUGGUCCGCUGGCUAAGUCGACUGACCUUGGAGGUGGCUAUACAGGUGUUCCAUGCAACCCGGUAAGUAUUAUGGAAGGACUGAAAGGAUAUGUAAAGGAUAUCUAUCAUGCUGCUGGUUGUCAAGACGUAUCUUGCAAUUCAACAGUUGGUUUUGCAGAAGCUCUCUCAGCUGCUAGACAAUCUGAUUAUGUGGUUGUUGUAGCUGGGAUAGAUUUGUCUCAGGAAACUGAGGAUCAUGACAGAUAUAGCCUUCUGCUACCGGGUUUUCAGAUGGAACUCGUCACUGCAGUUGCUGUUGUGAGUAAAAAACCUAUUAUUUUAGUUCUUACUGGCGGUGGACCAUUAGAUGUGUCCUUCGCUGUUCGUAAUCCACAGAUUGGCAGCAUUCUUUGGAUUGGUUAUCCCGGGGAGACUGGUGGAACUGCACUAUCUCAAAUCAUCUUCGGAAACUAUAAUCCGGGCGGAAGACUUACCAUGACCUGGUAUCCGGAGUCAUUCACCAGGGUGCCAAUGAAUGACAUGAAUAUGCGAGCUGAUCCAUCACGCGGUUAUCCAGGAAGAACUUACCGGUUCUACACUGGAGACAGAGUAUAUGGUUUCGGAUAUGGGCUAAGUUACACAAAUUUCAUGUACAAACUAAAAUCAGCACCAUUGAAAUUGAGUUUACCAGUAUCCAUUACUGGUAGACGGAAGAGGAACUUGGUCUACACGAGAGGCAAUGAUGAUAUCUAUGUUGAUGAGGUGCCUUAUUGCAGUUCCUUGAGGUUUGAGGUGCAGAUUUCUGUGACAAACGGUGGAGAUUUUGACGGGAGUGAAGUCGUUCUUCUGUUUGCUAAAUCAGCAAAGAAACUGAGAGGCUCUCCAGAAAUGCAGCUAGUUGGAUUCGAGCGUGAGCACAUCUUACAGAACGAAACUGCUGAAACAAGGUUUGUUGUUGAUCCCUGUGACCAUCUGAGCUUUGCGGACGAGGAUGGGAACCGUGUAUUGCCUACUGGAGAUCACCUUCUUAUAUCCAAGAGCAUCGAGCAUGUUGUUUCCAUAGAGAGAUCAUGAAAGUUGCAUUCUGUUGAAAAAAAAAUAAUCUGCAAAAUGCAAGUGAAGAGCAAGGACUGUGAAGUGUGUAUUAAUAAAUUGAUUAAUGUUGAUUGUUGAGUCUGAAUCUGAA